UCAAUCAUUAAAAGUAACCCUCCCAACAGGAAACACAUAUGAGUUACUUACCUAUAAAAUAAUAGUGCUGAACGAUAACUAAUCGGCCAGUAUUUUGCUUUGGACUAGUCAGCAUGAAUAAGUACAUAUUACCCGUGUCUGUUGUGGGAACAGUAAUUGGUACCGUUGUUUUGACAAAGGAUCGUGUAAGUGGUGGUAUCUCCCCAAGCAAAGCAAAGAUAACAGGGAAGACGGUGGUAAUAACAGGAGCAAACACGGGGAUUGGUAAAGAGACAGCACGUGAACUUGCCAGAAGAGGAGGCCGGAUUAUAAUGUGCUGUCGAGAUAUGGUGAAGUGUGAGAAUGCUGCUAAAGAAAUAAGAGGAGAGACCUUGAGUCACAAUGUGUAUGCCAGACAUCUUGACCUGGCUUCAAUAAAAUCUAUUAGGGAAUUUGCAAAUAAAAUAAUUGAAGAAGAGGAGCGUGUAGACAUACUGAUCAAUAAUGCAGGGGUAAUGAGAUGCCCUCACUGGCAAACCGAAGAUGGAUUUGAAAUGCAGUUUGGGGUUAACCAUUUAGGCCACUUUCUGUUGACCAACCUCUUGCUUAAUAAGCUGAAACGCUCCACGCCCAGCCGCAUCAUAAACGUUUCCUCGCUGGCUCACGUGGUGGGAGAGAUAGAUUUUAACGAUCUGAACUGGGAAAAGAAAAAAUACAAUACAAAGGUGGCCUACUGCCAAAGCAAGCUUGCAAAUGUGCUGUUUACAAAAGAACUGGCCAGGCAACUGCAGGGUACUGGAGUAACAGUCAACGCGCUUCACCCUGGAGUAGUUGAGACUGAGCUUGGCAGGCACACAGGGAUGCAUCAGUCUCAAUUUUCAAGCACAGUACUAGGGCCUUUGUUUUAUCUACUAGUUAAAUCACCAAACCAGGGAGCACAACCCAGCAUUUUCCUUGCUGUUGCAGAAGAAGUUGCUGGAGUUUCAGGAAAAUACUUUGAUGGCUUUAAGGAGAAGGAGCCAGCAGCCCAGGCUCAAGACGCAGAGGUGGCUUGUCAGCUUUGGCAAGUCAGCGCCAGGCUUGUGGGUCUGGAAGAUGCGGCAGCAACAUGACAGCUCAGAAGUGCCAUUAGCCUUCAGAUUUCUCAGAACCAAAACCAAGGACAAGCAACUGCUAUUGUGCAAAACAGCUAAAACAUUACAGAUGGAGAAUUAUUAUGAUUUUUUUUUUUUUUUUAAUCAUUGAAGAUGAUAAACAUGUGUGGAAGCCAUAGGUGAAUGAUCAAUUAUAAUUUGUUAAAGCUUUAGUGCCUAUAAAUUUACACAAAAAUGCAAAUUAUUGGUAUUCCUUUACACCAAAAAGUAGUUUUAGUAAAAAACAAUUAGUAAGGAUAGUCCAUUGUCUGUAUCUUCCCCUCCCCCAUCAGGGAUAUCAACCCACUUGCACCAAUGUUUGUCCUAGUACCUUCUCAUUGCCACUUACUGUAACCUAUUUGUUAAUUAGCCUGUGAUUGGUAGCCAUCUAGUGUGGGAAGCCAAUAACUGCAAUCAUUGUUUAGCUCCAAUUUCCACAGUUGCCUGCAGAUGGCAUCAUUGGUGAAGAUAUUGUCAACAUACAUUUUCUGCUACAGAAAUUGAGGUACUGUGGUCAGGUCUGUAUAAAAGUAGAAACGAUUGCUUAUGUUCUGCUUGCCUACACGAAACACCUGUAAGUUACGCCUAUUGUUUAUUAAUCAUUAACAAAAAUGAUGAGCAAUGUAAUCUGUUUAAUACCAAAAUCAAAUUAGUAUAUAUAUUUUUUUUAAACUAGGAUGGGAAGCCACUUGCAGAACAUAAAAUUUUAAAAAAAAUUGAAAACUCUCCACAUAUUUAGUAAAAGACAAAGAUUGUUUACCCUUUUAAGAGAAACCAGAAAGUAAUGCCACUUUCACACUGCUCAGGCUAUCAGGGUCACAAUCCUGCAUAGUGUGAAACCACCUAACCCGGGUCCCAGCGACCCACCUCAGGAUGUGGGUUGACACGCUUUGACCCUGGUUGAGCGAGACAAAAUGCUUGACAGCCGUUCGGGAGCCGACGCAAUAACAACCAGCCACGCCUGCGUGAAGGUUUCACUUCAGCAAGGAACGUUUUUGUUUAUUCUGUACACAUAUUUAUGUUGCUUGAGUCACACCAUGCGCCAGAUUGCAGCAGGGAUGUAGAAACAUUUUCUCUAAUUAACAUUUGGGCCGACGGUUCAAUCCAGUGAAGGUUGGAUGGAAACGUCAGUAACAAGCUGCUUCCAGGGCAUUGAUACACGCAUUGUGUACUUGCGUCUGUCACCCAGGUCAACCCAGCUUUAUCAAAAGCUGUGUGAAAUCACAUAGCCAACCCGCAUAACACCGUGUCCUGCCCGGAGCGGAGAGGUCGAGUGGGGGUGUAGGGAGAGAUGAGGGUCUGGAGGUAGCUGGCUGCAGUCUGGUCAAGGCAUCU